AUGGAACCACCAAACUCGAGAAUGGUGUCCAGAAAGCCCAGAGCCAGAAGCUCAAUUUCGGAUGCCCUUACCAUAUCGUUGGGACUCAAUUCGCAGGUUAGCAGUGACAGUGAUAGCGCUGCGUUUUCUCGGGCUAAUCCGCUGAGUCAAAGCUUGGCAAACUCCUCGAACCAAUACUACGGGCGUUCAUUCGUGGGCACACUGUCUCCGACACCGCAUCUUCCUAAAAAUCGUCUUCCUAGCAACGAGCUGUCGAAAUCAGAGCAAACACAGUCGAUACACAAGUCAGUUAAUCUACAUCGACAAACAGCAGAGCUCUCGAAUGAUUUUGAGGCUUCCUUUGAGUUUGAAGAUCAUUUAGAGCCAACGCGUGAACUGGUCGGCUCCUUCAAGAAUUCCGAGGACCCUUCAUCGGGCAUGGCAGUAAUGACCCCGGUCAAUAGUCCGACCGAUAUGAUUGUCCCCACCGAGACGCCUCCGACUUCUGAACUUCUGAUGUCUCUGCAGUCAGGCCGAGAUGUGGAGUAUGGUUCAAUCAACGGACCUGACAACCAGUACGUCUCCCUACGUUCUCCAGGAGACUCAAAUUUCCCUGCCGCCACGAUGGACCCCAACGCCCCAACGCUAGACAAAAUAAGCUUUACGCUACAACAAAUGGUCAAGUAUGUUCCCUCAGUCAUUCUGGGGCUUUUGCUAAACAUUUUGGAUGCUUUGUCCUACGGUAUGAUUAUCUUCCCCAUAACUGAGCCCCUGUUUGUACACAUGGGUCCUCCUGGUAUGUCUAUGUUCUACGUUUCCUGCAUCAUUUCGCAAGUCAUAUACUCAUGUGGCUUUUCGGCGUUCGGAAACUCCAUAGGCAGCGAAAUGAUCGAAAUUACUCCAUUUUACCAUGCUAUGGCUGCUUCGAUAACAAGUGGUCUACCAGACCAGCCUGAUCAAGUCAUCUCGACCACAAUUGUAUGCUAUGCCUUGAGUGCUAUAAUGACUGGUUUGGUGUUUUUCUCGCUCGGAAAGUUGCGACUAGGUAAAAUAGUUGGCUUCUUCCCGAGACAUAUUCUGAUUGGCUGCAUAGGUGGUGUGGGUUACUUUCUUGUCGCUACUGGGUUCGAAGUAACGACUAGAGGAGCCAAAGGCGAAACUGCUCUGGAGUUCUUGAAAGGACUUUUCGCUGAUUUCGAGACGUUUGGAAAGUGGAGUCUGCCGCUUGCAAUGGCUGCUUUACUUGUGAUUAUUCAACAUAUGUUCGAAAAUUCACUAGUGCUGCCAUCAUUCUACAUUGCGUCUUUAUUCUUGUUCCACUUCGUCGUCGCACUGAUUCCGAACUUAUCUUUGGACAUGUUGAGAGAAGGUGGUUGGAUUUUUUCCUCCACAGAGUCCACAGAGCAAUGGUACGGGUUUUACAAACUUUACAAUUUCAAAUUAGUGCAAUGGCCGUUGAUAUUCAAAGAGAUACCAACUAUGUUGGCUCUAACUUUUUUUGGGAUUUUACACGUCCCGAUCAAUGUACCUGCUCUUGCGAUGUCCGUUGGUAUGGAUAAGAUCGACGUUGACAGAGAAUUGAUUGCUCACGGCUACUCUAAUUUCUUUUCUGGUUUAAUGGGCUCUGUGCAAAACUAUUUGGUCUACACAAAUAGUGUUCUUUUCAUAAGAGCAGGUGCUGAUAGCUCACUGGCAGGCUUGAUGUUGGCAGCGGCAACUUUUGGCGUCAUGAUGGCCGGGCCUGUGAUCAUUUCAUUCAUUCCCAUCUGUAUCGUGGGCUCAUUGAUCUUCCUCUUGGGUUAUGAACUAAUCAAAGAGGCCUUGUAUGACACAUGGUCGAAGCUGAAUAGAUUCGAGUACGCCACGGUUGUCGUAAUUAUUCUGACUAUGGGGAUGUUUGACUUCGUGUUAGGAAUCAUUGUGGGGAUUCUUAUAGCAUGUUUCUCCUUUUUGGUCGAUAGCGCAAAACUGCAGACAAUAAAUGGUGAAUUCAACGGACAGGUGGCGCGUAGCACUGUCCGUCGAGAUUUCAUUCAAACUCAAUUCUUGAAUAAGAUUGGAGAACAGAUUCACGUCUUGAAAUUACAGAACCUCUUAUUUUUCGGAACAAUUUUGUCCAUUGAGGAGAGAAUUGACAAGCUCUUGGAGAUAAGUGACAACGAUGCCUCCAAACAGCGUAUCAAAUUCCUCAUUCUUGAUUUCAAGAACAUCAAUGCUGACAAUAUGGACUAUUCCGCUGCGGAAGGUUUCAAUCGCAUCAAAAGAUUCACCUCUUCGAAACGUAUCAACCUGAUUAUUUCCUCUAUCAAAACCAGCGAUAGGAUCUAUAAUGCGUUCAACAAGGUCGGGCUUCUAGAUGGUGUGGAACUUUUUAGUGACCUCAACAGCGCUUUGGAAUGGUGCGAAAACAAACUUUUGCUUCAAUUUAAGGAGCUGCGUUCGAAAAACACUGUAAAGGCCGAGAAAAAGCGCGACAGAGCUAUGAGUAAAGCAUUGUUGCCGCUCAACACACCUCGCAACACCCAAUUCGUUUCAGUCGCCCAAAAGCUUUUGACAGACGAACAAGCAAUGCCCUCGUUCAAGCAGAGUUUUUGCGAGAAACAACCCGUGCUUCCUCUUUUAUUUGCAUCGUUGCAGAAAUAUCGUCCGCAGAUAUUGUCAUCCAGCAAAAAAGUGAAAGAGGCAGAGGAAAAGUUGUGGUCUGGAUUGGGAAACUAUUUCGUGAAAAGAAGGCUUGCGGCGCAAACGUUUCUACCUCACAAGGAUAAUAUAUUUGCUGUCCUCGAAAGCGGGAUGGUCAAAGUAACCUAUAAUCUUCGUCAGGGCCAACUUUACGAAAUUAUCUCGGGGAAAACAUGUUAUGGUAGAAUCAGCUCUCAAAACACGGGCGGAUAUCCAGUGUCGUCCGUGGAGGUGACUAUGGAGACUGACUGUGUCAUAUGGGUAAUUGAUGAGGCGGGCCUUGCCAAACUCAGGAACGAAAAUUUGAACCUCUACACUGAACUUCUACUGGUAACACUGUGUAUCAAUCAAGAUCGUUUGAAGGAGCUUUUGGGUUACUGCCUGGUGAGUAGUUAA